AUGGCGCCGCCCACUUUUGCUGGUAUGUCCGGACGGAAACUGUCCUGGACUGUGUCAACCAUUGCGACCAUGGGAUUCUUAUUGUUCGGAUACGAUCAGGGUGUGAUGUCUGGCAUCAUCUCCGACCCGGCAUUUAACAAUGUCUUUACAGCAACCAAAGACGACAACACCAUGCAAGCGACCGUGACAGCUGUUUAUGAAGUCGGUUGUCUAUUCGGCGCUAUCUUCGCCUUGAUCUUCGGCGAGAUCCUCGGUCGCCGGAAAAUGGUCAUCUGCGGCGCAUCGGUGAUGAUCGUUGGAGUGAUUAUCCAAGUAACCUCAUUCCCGGGCUCGCUGCCUCUGCUCCAGUUCAUCUUCGGCCGUGUCAUCACAGGAGUCGGCAAUGGAAUGAAUACGUCAACCAUCCCGACGUAUCAAGCCGAAUGCUCCAAGACGAGCAAUCGAGGUCUGCUGAUCUGCAUUGAGGGAGGCAUUAUUGCUAUUGGAACCAUGAUCGCCUACUGGAUCGACUUUGGUGCACACUACGGGCCAUCAGACCUGGUCUGGCGGUUCCCGAUCGCCUUCCAGAUUGUUUUUGGCAUCGUGAUUAUCGUGGGCAUGCUGUAUCUCCCCGAGUCGCCACGGUACUUGAUUGCGCAGGAUCGUAUCGCGGACGGCGAGAAGGUCCUGGCCGCGCUUGCCGGCACGGAGAUAAGUGAUCGUCAUACGCAGCUGGAGAAGCAGUUGAUUGUAGACUCGGUCCGAGCUUCCGGUGCCGAAAAAGCCAGUUUCAGAGACCUCUUCACCGGAGGACCAUCGCAGCACUUCCGCCGGAUGAUUGUUGGUUCGUCCUCGCAGGUUUUCCAGCAGAUCUCCGGUUGUAAUGCAGUCAUCUACUACCUGCCGGUCCUCCUGGAAGAUUCAAUCGGCCAAUCGCACGACUUCGCUCUGCUCAUCGGCGGCGUCAACAUGAUCUGCUACGCGAUCUUCGCCACAUUCUCCUGGUUCUUCAUCGAAAAGAUCGGCCGGCGCAAGCUCUUCCUCGGAGGAAGUUUCGGCCAGUGCGCAGCCAUGAUCAUCGUCUUCGCGUGCCUGAUCCCUGGCGACGCGCAGACAGCCAAGGGCGCAGUCUUCGGUCUCUUCCUGUACAUGUGGUAUUUUCUUUGGCGCAACCUGGCUCCCCCUGCCCUGGCUCUACCCAGCCGAACUCUCCCCCUCAGAACCCGCGCAAAGGCAAACGCCAUCUCAACCUGCAACAACUGGCUCUUCAACUUCACCGUCGUCAUGAUCACCCCAGUGAUGAUCGAACACAUCGGCUGGGGCACGUACCUCUUCUUCGCGGCCUGGAACGCCGUCUUCAUCCCGGUCAUCUGGUUCUUCUACCCCGAAACCGCGGGCCGGAGUCUCGAAGAAAUCGAUCUGAUUUUCGCCAAGGGCUACGUGGAGAAAAUGAGCUACGUGCGCGCCGCGAGGGAGCUGCCGCGGCUUUCAGACGAGGAGAUCGAGGCCAAGGCGGCCGAGUAUGGGAUCCUGGACGAUAAUGAGAAGACUGAAGAGAGAGUUAUGGAGAGGGAUCCGGCGGCGACGGCGGAAUUUUCGUCUUUCCAGCCUACUCAGCUAUAA